AGAGAGAGAGACCCACGUGGUGGUAUUGCUGUACGUGAGGGUCAUUCUUCUAUUCAUAGCCAGUGGUUUCCUUCAGUACUGCUUAGCUCAGUUUAACUACAAUAACAGACACACUGAAGUGUCCAUUAAAAACCAGAAUAUUAAAAUACAGCUAAUACUCACCCACACACAGAAGAAACUUAACAACUAGAGCUGCAGGACUUGAACAAGCAGAACUGGUAGAGCAAUGCAGGCCCAGGAUCUGAUCCGGCACCUGCGGAUACCUGAGCUGGAUGAUUUGAGGCAGUAUGUGCGCAGUUUACCCACCAACACCCUCAUGGGCAUGGGCGCAUUCGCUGCCAUCACCACAUACUGGCUGGCCACCCGUCCCAAAGCACUUAAACCACCCUGUGACCUCGACAUGCAGUCUGUGGAGGUACAGGGCUGUAGAUAUGCUCGUCGGUCCAUUCUGCAGGACAGUGACACAUACAUGACAUACUUCUAUAAAGACGCUCAGACAAUGUAUGAGUUUUUCUUACGAGGACUACGAGUGUCAAAUAAUGGUCCUUGUUUGGGAUCACGAAAACCGGGCAAGUCAUAUAAAUGGCUUUUGUAUAAAGAGGUAGCAGACAGGGCAGAGUUCGCAGGUUCAGCAUUACUCCACAGAGGACACAGUCAAACAGGAGACAAAUACAUUGGCAUCUUUGCACAGAACAGGCCAGAGUGGACGAUUUCAGAGCUGGCGUGUUACACAUAUUCACUGGUGGCAGUGCCGCUGUAUGAUACACUUGGUACAGAGGCCAUCAGCCAUAUCAUUGAUAAAGCCACCAUCUCCACUGUGAUCUGUGACCUCCCGGAGAAGGCUCGUCUGAUCCUGGACUGUGUGUCUGGCCGCAAGCACAGUGUCACAACCAUAGUGAUCAUGGGGAACUUUGACAGUGAAUUGACUGCACAAGCACAACAGAAAGGCAUUGAGGUCCUAAGCCUCAAGGAGCUGGAGGCUAUUGGGAAAGCUAACCACCAGACUCCCAUUCCUCCUAAGCCAGAGGACCUGGCACUGAUUUGCUUCACAAGUGGAACUACAGGAUGUCCAAAGGGAGCAAUGAUCACACAUGGAAACGUUGUUUCCAAUUGUUCCGCUUUCAUUAAAGUUACAGAGGUUCACUGCAUGCUUAACCAGACAGACAUUCACAUUUCUUACCUACCACUAGCACACAUGUUUGAGAGAGUGGUUGAGGGUGUGCUUCUGGUCCAGGGGGCCAGGAUUGGAUAUUUUCAGGGUGAUAUCCGUCUACUGAUGGAUGAUUUGAAGACUCUUAAGCCCACUGUAUUCCCUGUAGUGCCCAGAUUACUCAACCGCAUGUUUGAUAAGAUCUUUGGACAGGCGAACACUCCUCUCAAAAGAUGGCUGCUGGAUUUUGCGACCAGUAGGAAAGAGGCGGAGCUUAAAAGUGGAGUUGUGAGGAAGGAUAGCAUGUGGGAUAAACUGAUCUUCAGCAAAGUGCAGGCCAGUUUGGGUGGACGUGUGAGGUUCAUGAUCACAGGAGCCGCUCCUGUCUCUCCCACCGUCCUCACCUUCCUGCGAGCAGCGCUGGGCUGCCAGUUUUAUGAGGGUUAUGGGCAGACAGAGUGUACGGCAGGCUGCACUAUGUCACUUCCUGGAGAUUGGACAGCAGGUCAUGUGGGAGCACCGCUGCCCUGUAACUUCGUUAAACUAUUGGAUGUGCCUGAGAUGAAUUAUUUUGCAGCAAAUGGAGAGGGAGAGGUGUGUGUAAAAGGCUCAAAUGUGUUUCAAGGUUACCUGAAGGACCCAGAGCAGACCUCAGAGGCCUUAGAUAAAGAUGGCUGGCUGCAUACUGGAGACAUCGGCAAAUGGCUCCCGAAUGGGGCUCUGAAGAUUAUAGACAGGAAGAAACACAUCUUCAAGCUGGCUCAGGGUGAAUACAUUGCUCCAGAGAAGAUUGAGAACAUCUACAUCCGCAGUGACCCUGUGGCUCAGGUCUUUGUUCAUGGAGACAGUCUGCAGGCAUGUUUAGUGGGUAUUGUGGUUCCUGAUCCAGACUUUCUGCCAGGAUGGGCAAAGAGAAGAAGCAUUGUGGGCUCCUACACUGAAAUGUGCAAAAGCAAGGAACUGAAAAAUGCCAUCCUAGAGGAUAUCAUUCAGCUGGGCAAGGAAGCCGGACUGAAGUCCUUUGAACAGGUGAGAGACAUUGCCCUGCACGUGGAAAUGUUCUCUGUUCAGAAUGGACUCCUCACGCCAACACUGAAAGCAAAGAGAACCGAGCUGAGAAAACACUUCAGACAGCAGAUAGACCAGCUCUACGCUAAAAUCAAAAUGUGAUCUACUACAGAAAGAGUGUGAGAGAGAGACACCCUGUCUACACGGAGAGGGACCUAGAACACCCCAAACAUGCAUACUUAAAGUGUGGGUGAUGAUUAUGAAGGACGUGCUCCGGUUCUGUCAUGCUGUCCCAUGGUGAGCUGAGGACCACUGCGGCUGGUACUUUUUUCAUUUCUAUCACUUGGAGGUGCUACAGUAGUCUCUCAGACAAGAUGAAGUGCGGUCCCACCAGCGAAGCACAUGCCAAACAUUUCAUGAGCCCUGCUAUUCAUAUGUGCUGACAAUUGGAAGUGAACCACACCAGUGCCUUAGGCCAGUGAAUGCCUUGAGUGUAAUAACCCAGAACACAACCUGCAAGAUAAUAUAAAACAAAACGAAAUAUGCCAAAAAGGUUAAUCAUGUACAGAUAUUUUCCUUAACACUUAUUUGAAAUAGUGUGGUUUUCAUUUAACUUCUGUAAAUGGAUAUUUGUUAGUGGUCGACCAAUAUUGGGUUUUGACAGCCGAUCCUGAUGCCGAUAUCUUGGAAAUCAGGGGGACCGAUAUAAAGCCGAUAUAAUAUAUAUAUUUUUAUUAAUAUUUAAGAAAUGUGAAAUAAUUUGACAAUGGAUUAAAAAAAUAAAUGAGCAAUAUAAACAUACUUUAGAUGACAAAGUAUUUUUCACAAAUACAUAAAUAUUUACUAAAAAAAUAUAAUUAAAAAGGAAGUUAACACUGUAACCAACAGGACACUCAGUAUUCUGGGAAUUUGUGUGCAUUGGGAAUCAUAUUUUUCCAAUAAAGCCAGGUUAACACUCAUUUUACAUACAGCACACAGAGAUAAUGAUAUGAAUAUGACAGUGGGCAAAUGCAUAAAGCGCAGCAUAAUUUAAAAUCACGAGUUUAAAGUUUAAAGUAUUCGAUUCACACGGACCGACCAUCACACAGAUAACACGUGAUCAUGCUGGAUAAAUAUACACACUUUACAAGAUCUCACAGCUGGAUUCGACUAAGUUUGCAAGGUUUGUGAAAUUCUAAUGUUCAUUAAGCCAUUCAAGAUUUAUUAAAUUAUAUAAAUGCGAAUUUGCUUCCCAGCUAACAGGGAACGCUCCCAGAACAUUCACUAACGUUCUUUAAAAGUUGUAUAAAUGUUAGUACAAAACGUUAUUAAAAUAAUGUUUUUGGAACGUUCUUAUAAGGUUGUUAUUGUUCUUGUAACGUUGAUAGAAAACUUUCUUAGAACAACGUUCUAGGAACAUCUUUAGGACGUUAUUUGUACUUGAUGAAUGUUCUUAU